UCAUCCGAGGAGUAAUCUAACAGCUCCCAGGUAGCGCCCUGAUUUUGACAAAGUCAUGUGAAAGCCAUAUGUGAUUUCCACUAGUGUAUAUAAAUAUGAGCGGUUCUUCUUAAAGCACCAGUUUUACAAGAACCCAGUUUCACACAGCAGUUGUAGUGAGGGAAGAAACUCCAAUAUGAACCGGGCUAUGACAAUUGUUGUCUAUACUUCUGUUCUAACAGUUUGUUUGGGACUGGACUAUCCAAGGAACGGCCCCUGCAAAGCUGACUAUGAUGGUCCUUACAAGGAGUCGGAGAUGAAAGAAUACACUGCAAUGGCUAACUGCACCGAGGGUCGCUUUGACUGGAACUUCCCCAUGGGUGCAACUUUGUUUCGCAUGCAGAGUUCAGUAUACGAUGACUUUCAGUUCUGUUUUCAAGAUUUGUACGGCUCGCAACUGGCCGGGUACUGGAAAAUUUACGACGUCACAGGCGAAAAGAUUGUCCAGAUCGCAAAACCCACUAAGAGAGGUCAGGUUGUCUGUCGUCAAUCCCAAAAUGGCAGAGUUGGCCUUUUUCUGCAAUCUACGGAGAAGAAAACAUACACCGCAGCGUUUGCGUACAAACUCGAGAGCAAAUGAUGAUGACAUUUCACACGAAGUUGACCCAAACUUGUGCAUGGCAUUAUGAUUACUUUUCGCACUUGUAAGCAGCUUCUGAAAUAAAUUCAAAGUUGUUUCUGUACAGCUUACUCGUCAUUUUAUUCUCAGAAAACACGUAGGAAGCUCCAACUCUAACGCUUGUUGAAAU